AUGCCAGUUCGACGAGUUCAAGUUGGUGUAGCAGACCUCGGCCGGAUGGGCAAGCGACACGCCAUCACCUGGCUCCAACAAGUCCAUCGCGCAGACCUCAUUGCCGUCUGUAGUCCUGACGCAGCCGAGAGGCAAUGGGCGAGCGAGGAAUUGGCGCCGCAUGGACUUACAGUAUAUGAAGACUUUGCCGACAUGCUUGCUCACAUUGGCCUUGAGGCUGUGUGUAUCGCCUCGGCGACGAGUGCACAUGCUGAGCAGUCCAACAUGGCCAUCAGAGCUGGAAAACAUGUGCUUUGUGAAAAGCCACUUUCAACUACUGUCGAAGUUUUCAACUCCCAAUCUGUGCUAGAUACUGCGGCGACACGACCCGAUCUCAAGGUCAUCUGUGGCUUCUCACGACGUUCUGAUGCCUCAUAUCGCGCUGCGUACGAAAAGGUCCAACAAGGCCUCAUAGGGCGACCGACGGUGAUGCGUUGCCAGAGCUGCGAGAUCCUGGACCCGACAGGACAGUUUGUCUUAUACGCCGCCAUCUCUGGAGGUGCCUUUGUGGACUCGUGCAUCCAUGAUAUUGACCUUGCCCUCUGGUUCUUUGGUGAAGAAGCCAAGAUUAAGUCAGUCCAUGCAGUUGGCACUGCAGCGUGCCACCUAGACUUGCGGCAAUACAACGACAGCGACAACGCUAUUGGUAUGAUGGAGUUCCACAACGGUCGAAUGAUCUCGCUCUUCGCAUCCCGGAAACUGGUGGUCAAUAUGAUGCCAAGGCUGAACCAUGUCCAUGUCUACCAAGCCGGCGGGGUAUCGCAGGAGAUGCCCCAGAAUUACUGGGAGAGAUUUCAGGACGCGUUUGUGACGCAGGCCAACAGGUUUUCCGAGACCGUGUUGGAUAACAAGCUGUCGUGGAUUGAGCUCGAAUCCGCGGUCGAGGUGGUCAAGAUUGGUGUUGCCUUGCAAGAGUCGAUGGUUACGGGGGGAAAGAUCUGGUUUGAUGAGCAAGGCCAACGGGUGAACAAGGCCCAGCUGUAG